AUGUUCAAAAAAUUCAAUGGAAUUGUUAUUUUAUUUUUCCUUUUAAAAAAUUAUUCUGAAGGAGGAGGAUCGAGGAAAAGAACUAGAGAGGAAGGAAUAGGAGAAACAAGUGGGCAACAAAUCCAAGAGUUGAAAUGUAAGUGGGAUGGAUGUUUAUUUCUUUUCAAUAAUGAAGGUGAUUUUGCUAAACAUGUUAAAAAACAUGCAAAGGAUUCACAGGAUUGGAUAUGUCGCUGGACAGAUUGUAAGAGAAAUGGGAAGCCCUUUAUUCAAUUAUCUGAUUUAGUAAAGCAUACUGUUGUGCAUACUGGAUUUAAACCUUAUGUUUGCAUGCAUGUUAAUGAUGGUGUUCAUUGCAGUAAAAGUUUUAGUCUUAAGGGUAAUUGUGACAAACAUCAUCAUCAGUUCCAUCCUGGUUGCAAUGAAGAUUGUUGUAAACACAUACUCGAAGGACAACAAUCAAAUCAACCCCAUGAAGGACAAAAAUUACCAACAAAUGUAGAAAGCCAAAGAAAUGAUAAUGAAGAUUUAGACACGACUUUGCACCUUUAACCUUGGAUUCGAAAAUAUGUGCCCACAAUUGGGUUGUUCCCAGGCAUAUUUUUAACAAACACAAAACAAGAGUUGACACCUUUAAAUUGGCCUUUCUUUAAAAUUCUUCCAAAUUCAUUUUAUAUUAAAAUUUAAAUUUAUCGUAAAUGUUAGUCCCUCAAAACUUUAUUUAACUAAUUAGAGUUAUUCUCGCCUUUUUUUCUUGUUUCAUUUGCCGCUUCUGUUUAUUUUCAAAAUUCCAAUUAUAAACAUUAAAGUAAAUUCCUUAGCAUUCACUUGGCCCUUUUAGUUAUCCCGUCUCAUUUCGCAGUGUUAACCUGGUUUAUCUACAUUUCUUUUCUUAUUAUAUCAUUUUGCAUAAAGAAUUUCUUUUCUUUUAGAUUU